AUGGCGGAGGGCAACGCCGAGGACUCACCGAAAGGUGCGGUGCACAAUCCAGUGCUGGAGGUGCCCUCACAGAGCCUGCAGCUGGCCAAAGCCCGCCAGCGUGUGGAGCUGCUCAAGGGCACCGAGCUGUCGCUCAAGAACCUACGCCUGCAGAGUUUGGAGGACAUCCAACUGCAGGCCUUGCCCCAGCUCACCGUGCUGAACUUGUCGGGGAACUGCUUCACCUUCGAGGGCCAGCUGGCUCCGCUCAAGUGCCUCAAGGAGCUGGACCUGUCCCACUGCAAUCUCAGCUGCCUGCCCCGGCUGCCGCGGUUCUUGGCGACACUGCGGGCGGGGUGGAACCAACUUCGGACGCCCUGCAACGUCGCCAGCAGCCCUCAGUUGCAGGAGCUUUUCCUGGACCACAACCGCCUUGGAAGCACUGAGCAGUUGGAGAUGCUUCUGGACCUGCGACUCCUGGACUUGUCGGGGAAUUGCCUCACCUCGCCGCAGCGGAGCUUGCGGCCCUUGGCGGCCUGCGCGAAGCUUCAGGAGCUGCAGCUUCGGGAGAACCCCUUAGCCAAGGAGGGCAAGCACCGGGCGAUGGUGGCGAGCAUGUUCCCGUCCUUAGUCCUCUUGGACGGCACGGCCCUGCGCCAUCACAAGCCCCCCGCGUCGCCCGCUGCGAAGCCGCCCGCGGCUGAUCGGCGGCGCCGGGACGAGCGGACGGAGCGGGAGCCGGCGUCCUACCUGAGGCCUACGGUGUGCAGCAAGCAGUGGCGGUCCCACAAGUUCAUUCCCCCAGACACCCGGGACAGCCAAGACCUUGCGGUGGUCGAGGCGGCGGCGCGCGAAGCUCAGGCGCCGCAGAGGAACUCGCAGAAGGAGCCGAGGCCAAGGGCGCGGAGUCAGCCGACGCGGCCCAACUUUCAGCCCCGGCGUGACCGCCACGCGGUUUCGGCCCUGGCGCAACCCGUGGAGAGAAAGGUGCGGUGGGCUUCGGAGCCCCCCGAGCUCCCGGAGCCCGAGCCGGCGGAGCCUUCGGAGCCCGCGGAGGAGGAUGAGCUGGCGGGUGCGGAGCAUCUCACGCUGUGCCGAAACCUCAUUGAGGAGAAGCGAAGGCUCCUGCAGCGGAUCAGCGCCAAGCUGGGCGAAGGAGUUGCCAAGACCGCCUUGGCUCCAGCCCCGCCCAGCCUGGGCACGGUCUCACAGGACAUCAGGUCCAUCUGCAUGGACUUGCAGGGCGACAUCCAGCGACGGAAGGCCUUCUUGGCGCAAAGUUUGUGA